UAAUCUUCCACAUUAAAUGAGUCCUUCUCGCACAAUGUAAACUCCCAUAUUCGUUCAUAUCCGUUUCAAUUUCACUUCUUAAUUACGUUCUUUGCUAUCCCUCAUUUGUUAGCAAGCUUCCUCGUUACUACAUUCAUUUCUAUCUGGUAAUAGACCCGACUCGAUACUUUCAAGUCAUAAUGUUUUUGAAGACUUCUUCGCUCCUUUCGGCCUUGAUGGUUCUUGCCACAGCGUUAGCUAUCGCUCUUCCUGAUCCCAGCCCAGCACCCGUCGAAGUCAUAGUCGAAGGACAAGAUACUGUUAUAUUUGAGAACAUUCAAUGUGGGAAUGAGCACCAAGGCCUCAAACCAAUCUGCCCGCAUCUCAACACUACAGAAGAACAUGGUUGUGUCCGUUAUGUGAAGGGUUUCGAUGUCACAGGCGUGGUGACAGAAGUAGACCUGACGUUCCCAGAGAUUCAAGACGCAUGUGACUGCAUCCAAGCAUGCCUGAACCGUCCCGGAACCUGCGCCGCUUAUGUAUGGAAGUUCAGCACACCAGCUAGUGUUACAGCAGGCCAUAGAACCUGCACUUUAUAUUCACAAUUCAACCUCCCGGCACAAGUUGCUAUUGCUAUAGAUGUUGCGAACACAACCAACAUGAAUAUCAACAGCGAAGAACUCGUUGCGAAUGGAAACAAUCCUCAAAUGGGAGCCUUAGUGGCCCAGACAUUCAUGGACGCAAAUCUCAAUACAACUGCGGAUCCUGCUGCCGUUUCUGGCGAGGUCUGGCAGCUAUCCACAGGCAAAGCUAUAUGUUAGAUGGUACGGGCAAGGAGGGGAUUAUUGAAAAGUCAUGCAUGAUGAAGAAUAGAUAUCAGGGACCUGGUGUUCAAAUUUUCGGCUAGCACCGAUUUUAAUCUUCAUAUUCGAAUAGCAUGUCUUUUGGGUGUGC